AUGUCAUCUGCCACUAAAACGUCAAGAAUUGGCGAAGAAUUAUGGAAAACACGGGUUGACAAGGUCAACGCGGAGCUAGUGACGCUCACCUACGGCACAAUCGUCGCGCAGCUAUGCCAAGACUACGAUAGCAACUACCAGGAAGUAAACCGACAGCUGGAGAAGAUGGGCUACAACAUCGGGAUGCGCCUCAUCGAGGACUUUCUGGCGAAGACGGGAGCCGGCCGGUGUGCGAACUUCCGGGACACGGCCGAUAUGAUCUCGAAGGUCGGAUUCAAGAUCUUCCUCAAUAUCUCGCCCAACGUGACCAACUGGACGAGCGACAAUAACCAGUUCUCGCUGAUCUUCGACGAGAACCCCCUGGCGGACUUUGUGGAGUUACCGGAUGACGGGAGGGCGCAGGAUGAGCUGUGGUUUUCGAACAUUCUGUGCGGUGUGCUGCGUGGUGCUUUGGAGAUGGUGCAAAUGCAAGUCGAGGCACGGUUUGUGAGCGACGUGUUGCGCGGGGACGAUACGACGGAGAUGCGGGUCUCGCUUGUGCGAUAUAUCGAGGACGAGAUGCCACCGGAGGAGGAAUAG